AUGUUAGCAAUACCACGUAACGGGGCAUUGAAUCCAAAAAUCUUUGACGAUGAGUUGAUUAUGAAACAUCUUGAUUACCGAUUUAUCACAAAUCUUGGUGUCUCUUAUAAUGAUCGCAUGCAAGACUAUAUAGGUAACGAAUGUUCUGAUGAUGAGCUCAUGGAAAGACUAACAUUGCAUAGUUACAAUGAUAGGUUAGUGGAAAAAAAGACCGAUCGACAUGUACAGAAUGCUAUCCUCUUCGAUUUUGUUGAAAGCAAUUUGAAAGGUGUGGAAGAUUACACAAAAGCUCUCCAAAUCGUACACGAUCAAGAACCAAUGCAAGCAUAUCUUUCUAAUUACGCAAUUCCCAUUGUUGCAGACUGGCCUGGUCAAUUUUUCAUUCGUAAAGCUAUUGUACAUCAGCUUAACAACAACGAGACUAUUCCUUCAUUCAUUACAGCAUUUUUACCUAUUAUGGGCCCUCUCCAUGUAUCUUUAAACGGUCGUGAACUCGUAUUUAAGGAAAAUUCGUUUUUAUUUAAUGAUAUUUAUAAAGGACUAUUUGGAAAUCGUAAGGAUCUUGGUAAGAAGCCAUGGCCAUGGCGAAUUGAUUUAAUUCUUCACAUCAUGCGCAUGGCAUGGCUUGAUAUAGAUGAUAUUGUUUAUUCUAAGUUUGGUCGUACAUGUAAAAACAUUGAAUUUUUAUACUUAACCGAUCUUUUGAGCAAUUUAAUCCCUUUAGUUCUUGACGUUUACGCGGUGCACCAUCGAGAAG